GAUUUUGUUGUUGUUGAAGGCCUGAUUUCUGCCUUUUGGUUCCUUGGCUGUAUGUAUUUCGGCUUGCAUGAGAAACAGUAAUGGCGACAGAAUUCAUCAAGAGCUGCUGCAGAGGGUGUUUGUACCUUGAUAAAGAAAAGCAAAACUCAUCUCUGGAGACGGACUCUGAAGUUGCAGCCAAAUGUAGACCAGAUGCUGAGGAGAAACCUCCUUUAUCAUCUGUGUCGGUGAAGCGGCAGGUCGGCUGUUCAGAGGAUUAUCUUCUUUCCAAACUCCCCCCAGGGGGCAAGGAAGUACCCUUUGUCGUUCCACAAUUCAAGCUUGCCUACAUUCAGCCCAGGAACCUUGGUGGUUCUUCUCACCUUACAGGAAUUCAAGGUUCUGCUGUAACAUCUUUUGGUGACCGGAAGGCAGAACUUUCCAGUAUGUACCAGCAAGGGCCUCUCUUUGAUGUGGUGUAUAACCCAUUCUACAUGCAACAGCAUCCACCUCCUUCCCCAGAUUUGAUUAGAUGCCGCCCAGAAAAAUCAGACAAUAGAAGACUAUAUGGGUCAGUUUGUGAUUUAAGAAGUAGCACAUUGCCUGGCUUAUCCACUUUAAGUAACUCUAUGUUUGAUCUUACAAGUCCGCCCAACCGAUUCGUGAAGAGAUAUGAUUCGGUCUCCAGUGUUCCGAGUAGCAACUCGUCGAGGAAAGAUUCGCAAGGUAGUAACAGGAGCCUAGAUACCAUUACAUUAUCAGGUGACGAACGAGAAUUUGGCAGGCUGAAUGUGAAGCUGUGGUAUGUUCCUUCAGUGGAACAGAUCUGGAUCACAGUCUUACAAUGUAAAGAUCUGAGCUGGUCAUCUAGCUGUGGAGAAAACCCUCAUAUUUCUGUCAAGGGAAUCCUUACGUUGUCUAAACCAGUGCAAUUCAAAUGUAUGGCCAAAGAAGCUUCCAGCGACAUGGAAUUCAUGGAAACCUUUGUCUUUGCUAUCAAGCUGCAACUGCUGCAGACUGCCAGACUAGUGUUCAAAGUACAAGCUGUGACUCCCAGAAAGAAAACCAUAGGAGAGUGUGCCCUGCCACUGCGAGAACUCAACACACAAGAAACUGACUAUUGGUUAAUAAUAGCGCCUCCUUCCAAAGCAUCAGUAUGUUCUGCAGAACUGAAAAUAGGUACCUGUUUUCAAGCAGUAAAUAGCCGGAUCCAGAUGCAAAUUCUUGAAGCCCAGAACCUCCCAAGCUCAUCCACACCAUUAUCUUCAAAUUUUUUUGUGAAGGCUGCAAUGUUUAGCACUGGAGGGCUGGUUGACAAAAAGAAGACCCGCCUACUGAAGUCUACCAAUAGUCGAGUGAAAUGGGGCGAAACGAUGAUUUUUCCAGUGAGCCCGAAUGAGCAAGGGGUUAACUUUCUCAUCAAACUGUACAGCAGGAGCUCAGUGAGAAGAAAACAUUUUCUGGGACAGGUGUGCCUGAGCAGCGACAGCAACAGUAGUGAAGCUGCAGAUCAGUGGAGGGACACAGUGGCUAACCCAGAGAAGGUUGUCAUUAAGUGGCAUAAUGUCUGCCCAGCAUGAUGCUGCUCUGUGGGCAGGGUUUUCUUCGUUGUGGAAUGGACUUGGCCCAAGAAGCCUGCUGCACUUAUUUGAAAUGAACAAGCACUGAAUAUGACAAUGAGGACAACUGGCACCUGUGCAGACUCUGUGGAAUGUCAUUUCUGGCAAAGAAA